GGAGGGGUCGUGGUACCUGAGUUGCUGGAGAUACCGCCGCACGCGGGACGGUAUGACCCUGCUCGGCGGCACAUCAUCUAGUUGAAGCGCGCGACUCGGCGGAGCGCGGCAUGGGCUCCAGCAUGGCCUGGUGUCACCCCUCCCCUCCGGCUCGGAAAGCUUACGGAGAGCGGCAGACCGUAUAAGUAGCGCAGCAACCCCUCGAUACUCUCGAAGCCCCCCUUGGUUUCCCCCGAACUCUCAUACCAUUUCCCAUCCAUCUUCUCGACCCCCCUUCGCGGACAACUCCCCAAGUGAGUCUCCCUGCGCGCUCUGCCCCCUACUGGCUUUACCCGACAACUCGCUCCCCGAGUCGUUGUGCCGGUCGAUUUCUGACUUCGGUUUCACAGAGUCGCAAACCGUUCCCCGGAAGAGAAUCCAUAAAUCGACACAAUGGCUCCCGUCAUCAAGCUCAACAGCGGCUAUGACAUGCCCCAGGUGGGCUUCGGUCUCUGGAAGGUCGACAACGCUGUUGCCUCGGAUGUCGUCUACAACGCCAUCAAGGCCGGUUACCGCCUUUUCGACGGCGCUUGCGACUACGGCAACGAGGUUGAGUGCGGUCAAGGUGUUGCCCGCGCCAUCUCGGAAGGCAUCGUGAAGCGUGAGGAGCUCUUCAUCGUGUCCAAGCUCUGGAACACCUUCCACGACGGUGACCGCGUCGAGCCCAUCGUCAAGAAGCAGCUCGCCGACUGGGGCAUUGACUACUUCGACCUCUAUCUCAUCCACUUCCCCGUUGCCCUCGAGUGGGUUGACCCCGCGGUCCGCUACCCUCCCGGCUGGCACUACGAUGGCAAGAGCGAGGUCCGCCCCAGCAAAGCCACCAUCCAGGAGACCUGGACGGCCAUGGAGUCCCUCGUCAGCAGCGGCCUCUCCAAGAGCAUCGGUAUCUCCAACUUCCAGGCCCAGCUGAUCUACGACCUCCUCCGCCACGCCAAGAUCCGCCCGGCCACCCUCCAGGUCGAGCACCACCCCUACCUCGUCCAGCAGGAGCUGCUCAACCUCGCCAAGCGCGAGGGCAUCGCCGUCACCGCUUACAGCUCGUUCGGCCCCGCCAGCUUCAUGGAGUUCAACAUGCAGCACGCUUCCAAGCUCACUCCCCUUAUCGAGGAUGAGACCAUCAAGAAGAUUGCGGCCAAGUACAACCGCGACCCCUCGCAGGUCCUGCUCCGCUGGGCUACCCAGCGCGGCCUUGCCAUCAUCCCCAAGAGCACCCGGCCCCCUAUCAUGGCGUCCAACUUCCAGAGCAUCGAGUUCGACCUCUCCGAGGAGGACAUCGCCGCCAUCUCUGCCUUCGACCGCGGCAUCCGCUUCAACCAGCCCGCUAACUACUUCCCCACCGAGAUGCUCUGGAUCUUUGGUUAAAUGCUUUUCGUAGCAACCAAUAUUGUGCGGGGCGGGCGCAAUCCCGCCCUGGCCUGACUGGCUGAACACAGAAGACAAACCUGGCCGAUCGCUGGCUUGUCUUUCACCGAUGGCCCUUUGGCCCAUUGACCACAGGGGGCGCCCGGCGGGAGGGAGUUCCCCUCCCAUCAGGCCUUGUCACGACUGGAAUGAGAAUUAUGUCAGCUCCGUCGCCUGCCCGACGAUAGGGGGGUGACUUGGGGCCGUGUGUUAUUUGAUAUAUCCGCCACAUAUAUCCGGGGGGAAUGUGUCUCAUGUCAUGGGGAUGGGUCUCGUUUUAUGCACUGCAUGGCAUGCUUGUUUGGUGGAAUUUCCAUAGAAUACAUCCAAUUUGACGAUGCCGGUCCCACUCACUAC